UGAUCCCGGCCCCGUCAAAAUUUCCAAGAUCGCCGACAACUUCUUUGCGACCGCAACAAUUACCCACAUUUUGUGACCAACGACUCCAUUCCCAAAAUGGCGUCGUCCAAAUCCUCUGGCCAGCUUAAUGGACUGAAACCCAAAAACAAGUUGCGCCGCCAGUCUGCCUAUCUCAAGUUAAAGAAGACCAAAGAGGCUGCCAAAAGAGAUGAGCGCUUCAAGCGCAAACGUGAAGAAAACAAGAAUCCCGAACUCCGCGAAGAACGACAGGCACGCAACGUACCCGCCACAAUCGAAUCCAAGCGCGUUUACGAUUCAGGAAAUAUCGGAGAUGAGGAGGACUUGUUGGGAAUGUCAAUAGACUGGGAGAGGAUGGUUAAGAAGAGGAAGCUCGAACAAGAAGCCGCCGAACGCGGGGAAGACGAAGACGAAGAAGAAGGCGAAGAAGGAUUACUCUCCAAACUCAAGAAGCGCGACCAAGAAGAAGCACACAACUCUGAAGACGAGGACGAAGAUGAGGACGCAGACAGUAUGCUCGACUCCGGUUCUGACUCCGAAGAUUCAUCAUCCUCCACCAACCGCUCUCGAAAACGCAAACCUGCGCCUCCGCCAGCUCGCGCGUCCAGCCCUGGCGCAACAUCCACAGCCACAAACAUGGAGCUCUCCCCAGAAUUUCUCAAACAGAAGUUUCCGGCGAUUUUCUCACCUCCCGAAACCCCCAAAGUCUUAGUCACCACCUCAAUCAACUCCUCUCUUCACAAAGAAGCCGAAAUCCUUACUUCCUUCUUCCCGAACAGUACCUACAUACGGAGAACGGCCCACCGCCAUGCCCACCAUUACUCAGUGCGCGAGAUAUCUUCAUAUGCAGCUGCACGGGGUUUCACACAAGUCGUAAUCUUAAUGCAAGCAAUGCACGAAAAGAAACCAGACGGACUCGACGUUGUGACAUUACCGAACGGGCCUCACGUACAUUUCUCAAUCUCAAAUUGGGUCGAGGGGAAAAAACUGCCGGGACAUGGUGUGGAUCAAGGUUUCCAACCUGAACUGAUUCUCAACAACUUCAAAACGCCUCUCGGAUUGCUCACUGCCCACCUUUUCAAAUCACUAUUCCCCGCAACGCCAGAGCUACAAGGUCGCACCGCGGUGACAUUACACAAUCAACGCGAUUACAUCUUCCUCCGGCGGCACCGAUACGUGUUUAGAGAAAAACGUGGGAGCGAGAAGAGUGUCACAGACGCAAGCGGGAAACCUGUACUAGGCGUGGAAAAUUUGAGGGUCGGCAUGCAGGAAAUCGGGCCUCGCUGCACGUUGAAACUGAGGAGGAUAGAUCGCGGGAUCCAGUGGAGAAGUGGGCAGGAAUGGCAAUGGCAGGCCGGCAUGGAGAAACAGAGAACAAGGUUCAAUAUGUAG